UUUUUGUGUUUUUUUGUGUUUUCACUAAGUUUAUUAUUUUUAUUCUGAUUUUCUGUAUUUUCCUAUUAGAUUUAAAUAUUAAAUUCUGAUUCUUGUAUUUUCGGAAAUAGGUUUUAAUUCUUUUAUUAAUUCUGAUUUUUGUGUUUUUGUUCUGAUUUUGUGUUUUUUCUUUUAUUAAAUUCUGAUCUUUGUAUUUUUUCAUUUUAAAAUUUUCAGAAUAAUAAUUCUUGUUUUUAAUUUGAACUUAAUUAAUUUUCUUCCCCUUAGAAUAACGAGAACGAAUUAUUUUUUAAUUUUCAAAUCAAAAAUUAAUUUUUGAAUAAUUUAUAAAAUUUAUUCAGUUAGUUUAAUUAAAUAUUAAAUUAAAAAUAAAUAUUCUGAUUUUUAAAUUAAUUUUUAAAAUUUAUUUAGGAUGGUCUUUUCUGAGGUUGUCGGCACCCUCUCUUUUCUUCAGCCACAAGCCGAUGAUGAUAUGACUGACCGCUUACACUAUUACUAUACAACAACCUUUUUGUUGGUCACAUCGGUUUUAAUAAGUCUAAAAAUGUAUGGUGGAAGACCUAUUGAGUGUUGGAUGCCCGCAGAAUACCAAUCUUCAUGGCAGGAAUAUACCGAGAUAUAUUGCUUCUCGAUGAACACAUACUUUACUCCCUUCGAUAAACAAAUACCCGAUGAAAGUGAAGUGCGUGAAAAAAAUAUGAUUAGCUACUAUCAAUGGACACCUUUCUUUCUUGUAAUAUGUGCCUUUCUUUUCUACUCCCCAUGCCUUGUCUGGCGCGCCCUAUACACAAAAAGCGGUAUUCGAAUUAAAGACAUUGUUGCCUUUGCUAAUGAUCGUUCUAACAUUCAGCCAAAACUGAGAGAAGCUAAUGUUAAGGGAAUGUCAGCUCACUUAGGUUCCGUUUUUCGACACAGAUUUCGUUUUAGUGGCAAACACCAUCCUCAUCACCACAAAUUGAGGAGAGCCUUGAAUCUUCGUUAUUAUGAAGCUUACUUAACUUUUCUUUAUAUUGGAAUAAAAACUUUGUUUCUAGCUAAUGUUUCAAUGCAGAUGUUUUUAAUGAAUUGGUUUCUUCAAACAAGCAAUUAUCGUUAUUAUGGUUUUGGUGUGUUGGAAGACUUGAUUUCCGGAAGGGCUUGGAGCGAUUCUGGAAACUUCCCUAGAAUUACCUAUUGUGAUAUGGAUGUUAGAGUACUCGGUGCCAUUCAAAGGCAUACAGUACAAUGUGUUUUGGUUAUUAAUAUCUUCAUCGAGAAAUUUUUUAUUCUACUUUGGAUUUGGUAUUCACUGUUAUUCAUCCUCACAAUUAUUAGCCUUUUUAAGUGGAUACUUUGUUCUUUUCCUUUUGAAGCGAGGAAAAGAUUUAUUGCUCGUCGCCUGGAAUUGGCAGAUAUUGAAUUUAAACGAAUAAAUUAUGAACCUGAACUUACCGAGUUUGUUAGAGAUUAUAUCAAAAUGGAUGGGGUAUUUAUGCUAAGAAUGUUAACUAUCCAUUCUGGUAUUUUGGUAUGUACUGAAGUUGUUGAUUCCAUGUGGGAGGAGUUUAACAGGAGUAGUAGCCGUUUACAACGAGCCCAUUUACUUGCCUCUAGUCCACAAAAUUCUUCAGUGUCGCUUAUCAGGCCGUCAGAUGAACUCCAACCACUACAAACAUCUAAACACGUUUCUAAUGCAAUUCAACAAAAUUUUAAGCGAAAAACUAGUGUUCUAGUACCUCUAGUUAGUGCACAACCAAACGGUGUACAUCAUAGCGGCUUCUUCUUCCAAUCCGUUAUGACGCAUUCUCCAAGCUUCUCACAACAACACCAAACGCAUACAAGCAGUAGUACAGCAGCAGCACAAUAUUCAACGGGAGACUUUUUAUUGAGAAAGCCCCCAAAUCCUCAACAAUGGCGAACCCAACGUAAAUAUCCUCAACCUUCAAUUACCACAAUACCUAUGGGGGAUUGUAAUAAUAAUAUAAAAAAUAAUACAUGUGAAAGCGUUUAUGUUCACCCCAAUACAACACAAAGUAGUGUUGAGAUGGGGAAUGGUGUCCAACAACCACCUUUGAUUAUGACAACAACCCCAACUUCUUUAUUAACUAGUCAACACCCUUCAAAAUCAAAUUUAAAUCAACAGCAACAACAACCUUUAUUACAAACUAGUCAGCAACAACAAACACAGGAACCAGCAUUGUGGGAGGUAGAGGAGAGCAUGUCUUUGGUAAAAGAAGAAUCACUUUAAAACAAACAAAAGAAAAAACAUUUUUUUUGAAAUCUAUUUU